AUACUAACGUAAACAAUAUUGCUUCUAAUACUAACAAUAAUACUAUAUCUAAUGAUAAUACUAAAUCUAACGAUAAUACUAUCUCUAAUGAUUCAUCAUCUAACAACACUACUUCUAAUAAUAAUUUACCAUCUAAUGAAAACAUUUUCAAUAAUAACUUACCAUCUGAUAACAACAUUUUUCCUUAUUUUGCCACUAAUGUCGAUUUUAAUAAUAGUGGCCUUUUUUAUUCAUCUGCCAAAUUAAUAUUAAAUAACGAAUUAGAGACUUCCCGUAACGAACGAAUAACUUCUGAACCUAAAAACUAUGUGAAUUCUCAAGACAAGAACUCAUAUUCUCGAGGAAAUUCAAUGCAAAUAUCACAGGAUGAUUUAGAUGACUUGUUUUUAUAA